GCGAGACCAAAGCAGCGUCGUAAUCUCACUGUUAAUCCACUGUUGAAGUUAGUGGCGCAUCUGAUUUCAUUCAUGUUUGCGUGAACGCAGUUGCGGAAUAAAGUUUGCGCUCGUUUUCGUUCGAAAACCCGCGGGAAUAAGAGUGACGCUAAAGCUGACGCUAGCUAGCAGUGACGUGAUCCGCGGUAGGACUUUGAGAGAAGCGCGCUACAGUGACGUCACGCCAUGACCUUUUUUUUUUUUAAAUGGAUACAUUUUUAAAAAACGAUGUGGAUUUAUGAGGACGCCAUCUUAGAUUCGCGUCGUUUUGAAGAUGCUUCGUCUUCAGUCGCUGUGAUGUCAUACAUCAGAGGGGCGUGGCCUCUCCUUGGAGGCAGGUCAGGUGUUUGCAGGUGUCUCCAUAGAAACCAGUUGUCCAGCAGCAGCAGUAGUGUGGUCCUUCAGUCCCGGUGCACCGACGUGUUCCAGAACCUGGCUCUAGAGGACUGGAUCGAUGCUAACGUGGACCUGCAGCAGCGCAGCGUCCUCCUGCUGUGGAGGAACCACCCGGCUGUGGUGAUCGGGCGCCAUCAGAACCCGUGGACUGAGUGCGACCUGACGGCUGUGAGGAGGAUGGGGAUUCCCCUGGCUCGCAGGCGGAGCGGCGGCGGCACGGUGUUCCACGACCUCGGCAAUCUUAACCUGACCUUCUUCACGUCCAAGAAGGCCUACGACAGGAAAAGGAACCUUAAGGUCAUCACCGACGCCCUGAGGAGCACCGCGCCGGGACUGGACGUCCACGCCACAGACAGACUGGACAUUUUACUCAACGGACGCUACAAGAUCUCAGGAACUGCCUCUCGACUAAGCAGGAAGUCGUCGUACCAUCACUGCACCCUGCUUCACUCCGCUGAUCGCUCUGCACUCUCCACUGUGCUCCGCCCCUCCUGCCCUGGUAUCGUCAGUAACGCCACUCCCAGUGUUCCCUCGCCUGUCGCUAACCUGUUGGACCACGCCCCCAUGCUGCAGUGGGAGGAGCUUGUGGACGUACUUGUGCGGCAGUACAACACAGAGUUCGGGUUCAGCGCUGUGUCGGCCUUCGUCGACCCGGCUGAUGAAUCUGCGUUUCCUGGCAUUAGCAGGGCGGCGGCAGAGCUGCGCAGCUGGGACUGGACGUUCGGGAAGACGCCGAAAUUCAGCGUCCAGACCGUUCUGGACCUGACGGACAAGGAGUCGGCGGUUCGCAGCUCCGCCCACCUGAACAUGGAGGUGAAGCACGGAUUUGUCAACAGCUGCAAGCUUUUCGUACCCGACGACUGGCUUCCUCCACACCUGAGCGCCGCACUCGCCAACGCUCUGGUCGGCGAGCGUUUCUGUCGCCGCCGAGCAUCCGUGUGUGUCGCCGCCGUCGUGUGUGACAGCGGCGACCUGCGGGGGCGACUGCGACGCCUGAGCGACGCCGUGCUGUCAGUCAUGAGCUGAGCUCAAACACACGCUGCUGCCCCCGUAGGCUGAAGGACGUCAUUACAUGGUUAAAACACAUGACAAACUGUUUUAUUUUUUUAUUAAAAACAUGAAAAUCUC